ACAGUUUAUGUUACAUACAUCAAAAUUAUUUCUGACCUAUUUUUGCAUUUUUGUGAUGAGAAUUUAUGUUUUAUUGUUGAUUCUUUUUCCAAUCGGCAGUUUAUCACUGCCAAUGUUUUUAAAAUGGUUAUUUUGCACAUGCUGUUUUGAAACGGAUAUAUUCGAUUAUCUUAAGCUACACAGAGAUCUUUCUAGAUUUAUUUAUGGCCAGCAUUUGGUAAUAGAUACUGUGGUUCGUUCAAUCAAAUCUCACUGGCAUAAUGAGCAUCCUCAGAAACCGUUAGUUCUCUCAUUUCAUGGUGGGCCGGGUACUGGAAAGAACUAUGUGACUGAAAUCAUCGCAAAAAACACUUUUCGAAGUGGACUUCAAAGCCCAUAUGUGAAGUAUUUUGUUGCAACAAAGGAUUUUCCAAACAACAAACAUAUAGAGGAUUAUAAAUUGAAACUAAAAGAACAACUAAUACAAUCUGCCGACGGAUGUGAUCGAUCCAUUUUCGUGUUUGAUGAGGUGGAUAAAUUACAAAGUGAACUGGUUCAAACAAUCAAACCUUUUCUUGAUUUUUAUCCAGCCGUUUUUGAAGUUGACUUUCGAAAAACUACCUUCAUUUUUCUAAGCAACAAAGGAAGCUCUGAAAUUGCGAACAUUGCAUUGGAACAUCGUCGAAAUCUUAAAAAACGGUCACAACUCGAGUUGAAGCAUUUUGAACGAACACUUAUGUCACAUGCAUUCAAUGAGAAAGGUGGUCUACGAAACACUGAAUUGAUCUCUAAUCAGCUUAUUGAUCAUUAUAUCCCAUUUCUUCCCUUAUCUAAGUUCUACGUUUCCCAGUGCAUUCAAGUACAUCUUCGAAAACGCGGAAGACAUGAUUUGGCAAAGGAUGGAGAAUUCAUGCAAAGAGUUCUCGAUUCUCUUGAAUUUUUCCCUGAAUCUAGCAAGGUAUUUUCCUCGUCAGGAUGUAAACGUGUAGAUGCAAAAACUGAACUAGAAAUUUCCAAGAUGGGAUUCUCACUCAAUUCGGAGAAAGAGUUUAAUGAUGAGUUGUAGUUUUUUUUCUGUUUCAAAAUGUCCAGAAAUUUGUUUUCAUUCUAAGUGUUUAAUUUUUUUGUUGAUUUAGCAACAUUUACAAAAUUGAAUGAACUCAAUGAUGAGUUGUAAAUAUUUCCCCUGUUUCAAAUUGUCCAUAACUACGUUUUUAUUGUAUUCAUUUUAUUAUUUAAUUUUGCGAGUAGAAAAUGAUUUUGAACCAGAUACUUUUACCUCCACCAGGUACUCCACCUUUCAUAAGUUAAUUAGUUUUUAUUAUCUUUGCAUUAAGCUUGAACUGUAGUAACUGCUCAAAAUAAAAUUGAAUUGGUA